AUGACGCUCAAAGCGUUCGAACUGUCACUUGAAAAUGUUGACAGAGAGCAAGGCGGCGUACGUGCCUCUACGGCUAUUCUUGCAAAACUCUCUGCGGGCGGACAUGAUCUGACUUCCGGCAACCUGCGAGCACGCUAUUCGCACGUAGCUCUUCAGCUGCUUGGUGAAUGUGAUGUCAUCUCACCAGACGGCUCGACGACGACGGUUGUCCUGUGCGACGAAGCUGUCGAACACGAUUUUGCGGUCACGGGCACUUCUACAGAGCAAGGCUGGUCUAUAGAGCGCAAAGAUGGCAGCCUGAGCUUCUCUAUCAACGUACCGAAGUUCACCAAUGAUGGUGUCGCGCUACCGGGCAGCUUUUCGCUCGCGGGUCUGCCCAUCCGCAACGCUGGCCAGGCUGUGCUGAGCAGCACCAGUUCCGUGACGGUCAAAUACGAACUCAUAUUACGUGCAAAGCGGCGUCAACUGCUCAAGCGAAGCGACAAAGUAUCUAUCCCUGUGAAGAUCCUCCCCGCGGACUUGCUAGGCGGCAAGGUGCCGUACGUCAGCGAGAUUGCGAGAAAGGAGCGCGCGUGGGACUGGACUACGCCUGUCACGCAAUCUGUGGACCUGUGCAGUACUCUCUUCCCCAACGUGCGCAUCAGCAAAGCCGAAAUCUGUCAUCGGCUCAAGCAGACCAAGACCGACUUUGUAUGUCAGUAUAAGCUCAUCAUCGAGCUUGCGACCCCUGUGCCAAUCGAUCAAAGCGUCGUGCUGACUGAUCCGCUACUCAAAUCUCUCGAUGUCGAAAUCGGCCGACGCAUACUUUUUGGAGUGCCGUCGAAUGCGCCCAUGAUCUGCAUCCCUUCACGACACGAGCAAGGCCGAAUGAGCCUCAAUCGCUCUGAUGUAACGGUUGCCGCCAUUCGCACCGAGGGCCGUGUCAUCUUUGACAAGCGCGAUAUCAUGGCUGCUGAUUGUGGCGCCCUUGCCAUCUCUCACUGCCUUGUCUUGUCUCUGACUCAAGCUAACCUUACCGGCAAACUUGCCAUCAGCGCGCCUAUCUUCGAAGCCAAUGCCUCCGCUACACUGUCGAACGAGCCGAAGCGCACGCGAUCGACGCCAAUACCGGCUUUGCCACCGCUGUUUCUGAGCGGCGAAGUGGAUGCGGCACUUGCACGCCCUUCGGUCAGCUCGUCCCGGAGCACGCGCAAUUCGAGUGAUUCAGCUACGUUGCCUUCGCCGCACAAAUCACAAAUGGCUACAUCGAUUCGCUCGAUCGCUAUGGCCUCAAGCCAGUCCUUGCCACCUCUGUCACCGUCCUUUUUCUCUAGCAUGGCUCAACUCCCACGCGAUUUGCAAGCCCUGUCAAGGCCACCUUCGGCUACAAGUACGAGGAUGCGAUCGAGAGCUUACCACCACGCUUCGAGCAGCGACAUGUCCGCUACUCCAAGCUACAGCAGUAACGAAUCCCGCAGUAGCAGCAUCAGUUCCGCAAGUCAUUUGCAUGAUAGCCCUGCCUUGAAGAACAUCGGCACCUUGUCUCACGCCCUACCCGAACCUGAUCUCUGGCCAAGUCCGCCCUUGACGCCCAAACCGCCUACGACGGAGCCACGGCCUAUCGGUUUCAAAGCUGCUAAAUUGCUUGGACUGCCGCCCAAUGCCUCAAUCGUUGGCUGA